UGCAUUUUUAUUACCCAACACCACAGGUCUGAUUUUGUCAGGUAUUUCUCUUUUAUCAAUCUAUAACAGUAAAAAAAAAAAAAAAAACAUGAUUAGUUGUUGAUUAUUUAUUUGUUAAAAGAUAAGUAAUUCUUUUGUAAUAUAUUUAUUAUAUGUUACAUAUUUGAUGUGAUUAAAUUCUGUGAUAACUGAUAAAUAAUGUAAAUUGAGAAAGUUUGAACACAUCUAGGUUACAUAAGAUAACACUUAAUAACAGUUUAACACUGUUUUAACUAGUUUUAACUCUCUCUCUCUCUCUCUCUCUCUCUCUCUCUGAACACUAUAGGAACACUAAUUCCACAAAAUCUCCCACUUACUCACUUUUACUGUUUUUAUACAUUAAAAAAAUUAAAAUCUGUCUUCUUUAUUCAGACACAGCAAUGCGUUGAUCAUGUCUGAAGUAUAGAAUGUUGCAUUCUGAGGUUCCUUCAUCUGGGUGAUUUUUGAGGGAACUAUUUUUGAUACAAUAAUCAAGUGCAUAAGUCAGACUGUAAAACAGGGGAAGGGGAGGAUGCGGCAGUGCCAUUUUGCUAUAUAUUAUAAGCGCUAUAAAUUGCUAUAAAUUAUAAGUGCUAUAUCUUAUAAGAUAUUUUGGCUUAAGAUUUUAUUAUUCAUUAUUUCUAGCUCAUUUCCUCACUUCUUGUUUUCACCAACGAUAAUUUAGGUGAGUCCCAAGCUCACUGCCUAAUGCUGUUAUAUAAGGCUUCUGGCAUGUUUCUCCUCACUCUUCAUCCUGUUUUAUAAAGCAGAUAAUUUUGGAUAUCUAGGCUUUGUAGGUGAUGUACAAUUUAAUAGUUUAAUGUAACCCCCGAAAAAAAAAACUCUUACUUUUCUUUCAUUAUUAUCAUUUUUGUGUGUAGUUAUUUUGUUAUAAUUAUACUUUGUAGUCUACUAGAAUCUCAAGAUCUUAUUUUUUUCCAUUUCAAGCAUACAUCAUUUAUUUAUUUGCAUAUGCAGAUUCCUUCACAUAUCCUCCCUCUCUUUCUCUUUCUUUUUUUUAAUUUACAUUUUCUUACUUAUUCUGUCUAAAUAUUACACAUAUUAAAAAGUAAAUUGUUUGCCCAUGAAUAAGAAAAGGCUAAAACAGUAUGCCUGAAUACAAAACAAAAUAAUAUAAAAUAAACUUGUCUUCCAGUGACAAGGUUUUCAACUUUAAUAUUUAACAAAAAUUUUGGAAAUUUACACAGUAUUUGGAAGUUGCUGUUAGUAGUGAGAUAUCCACAGAUAUACACUGGUGCUUGAAAGUUUGUGAACCAUUUAGACAUUUCUAUAUAUCUGCAGAAAUUUGACCUAAAACAUCACCAGAUGUUAAUUAACAUAUGUCUCCUGUGUUUAUAUAUUUCUGUAAAGCUGCUUUGAGAAAAUGUCCACUGUUAAAAGCGCUAUACAAGUAAAAUUGAAUUGAAUUGAAUUGAAUUCUAAGUAUGCUGGUCUACUUGGAUAACAUUGUGGUCAAAUACAUCAAUCACCAGGAUGGCAGGAGUUGGAUACUGAAAUCUCACUUGCCACCAUGACACAAUGGCGCAGGGGUCUGUAAACACGGCGCAUAUGCCUAGGAUAAUGUUUGCACAUAAAAGUGGUUUCCUAGAUCUGGAAGACAUUUGGCAGAAGCCCGGUGGACCUCUUCAACUCAAACUCAACUCACUGUUCAUUAUAGUUCUCUCAGGCAGAGAUGAACAGUCUGAUAGAAGAGGACGCACUAGUGCACAGCCUGUCUGCAGUCCAUGAGUUUCCACCUCUACUGCUGAUUCUGCCCAAAAUACACCGAAUUUUACAAUCAGAAUACAGAAUCUUGCUUGUGGCAAAAGUAAUCAGUUAGGCCGUGGUUUCCACUACUGCUUUCUCCAGUGGAUGAAAUACUUUAGGGGCUUCUUCUCUGAAGAGAUCAUUUGUCCAAAAUGGACCGAAUGAUUUGGCAUCCUUGGAUCUGUGGGUUUGGCCACUUGGAAUGAAGAGGAGUACUGCAACCCAGCAGUUAAAAAAACACUCCUAAAUGCAUGAGCCCCUGGUACACAGACCUUUUGUGUAAAAAUUACUAUCCUUACUACAGGGAGGACAUUAGAAAUAGACAUUAGAAAUUUCUCAUUUGUGAUGAAGGUGUUUGUGGGGUUUUUUGCAGUGUAUAGCAGAACAAUGGAUGGUGUCUCACUAGGUGGUUCUUAAACUUGUCAAAGCAUUGCUGAAGGGACCAUGAUGUGACACACUCCCCUAAGAGCAUUUUUAUAUCGGAUUCACAUGGGUCCCUUUUUCUUUUCUUUUUUUUAUUGCUUUUCAUACUAUGAUACAAGCCUGGGUUGGCUGGUUUCAUGAGUAGUGUGCUCUCAGAUUUAAGUAGAAUGGUUGUACAGAAACAAACCCAUUUUUAUUGUUUACUAUUUUGGAGGCUAUGUAAACUGUGUUGUAGGGCUGCCAUGGGAACCCUUUUAGGAUACAUGGCAUCAUGGACUCCAUGAAGUAUCAGGUGAUUUUAAAUUACUGGCUGCCUCUGCCAGGAACUUACAGAUGGGUCCUGUUUGGAUCUUCCAGCAAAACAUAGCCCAAAUCCACACAAAAAUGGUUCAAUCUUCACAGAAUCACACUAUGGCCAUCAUAGUCCCCUGACCUAAACCCAACUGACAUGUGAGUUGAGCUGAGGAGGAAAAUACUAGGACCCUGGAGGAUCAGUAUUGACUCUGUAUAAAGGAGUGGUCUCUAGAUUCCUAGUAUUUACAAAUCUCUUCAAGCAUUAGAGGACAAGAAUAAUUCACUUCAAUUAAGGUUAGAACCAUCUCAUAUUUUCUGUUUGAGAUAAGCUAAAUAACCAAAAAUUUUAAACCUAAGAAAAUUUUUUUUUAACCUAUGAGUCAGGCUAUUUGAUAAACUACUUAUAAACAAUGUUCAUAGUUGAAAAAUAUCAAAAGAAUUAUGCAAGAUAACACUCAAAUGUAUUUUUCAUUUGAGAUUUUACAUUUCCCAGAACCUAAAUGAUUCCUGUAUUUUCUAAUUUCAGUCACUGCCCUUUUGCUGUUCUACCAUGGAUACGGCUUAUGAACUGUGUAAUGAGCUAUUCAGUUGGAUUGAUAAGCAGGAGCAAUGUGCAGAAGAUCUCAUGGGUCUAGCAGAUGAACUGGGGGAGAUAAUGAAGGCAAAGAGCAAACGCCAGUUUCAGAUAAACACAGCAACCUUGAUUACUUACUUCAACAUGCUCAUUUUCGGCAUUUCAUUGUUUUUGCUGUCAGUUCUGCCUGCACUUGGUGUUGCGUUCGUGCUAUUGGGAUGUGUUUCAUGUGGACCGAGUUCUCUAACUCGUCUUACACACACAAUUGUGAAGAAAUGGAAGUCCAGUACAGCAAUUGAAAAUGCAGAGAAGACAGCUGAUGAAAUUAAAAAGAUUCUGAACAAUAUUGAGAGGCUCCAGAAGAAGCUGACAGAGGAGUGUGAGAUUCAAGGCCUUAAGGCCUCAUCCUCCAAUGAAGUACAGUGUGAAAUCACAGCAAGGAUCCUGAAGGCCAUUGCCAAACGGAUGAAGAAAGAUCUGCCUCUCAAUUGCCUUAGGCACCUCUUGAGGAAUGAAGACAUAGCUUCAGAGAUUCAUUUAGACAAAACCUUCUACCGAAAUGUCAGUGUUUUGCUAAAAGUUAUUGGAUAUUCUUUCUUCUCUCUGAAAACAAUAACACAAACAGACCAGGUCACAGAAGGAGUCCUUGGGCUGGUGUUGACACUUACUGAUUCGGUUAGUAACUGUGAAAAACUGAUUAAAAACAAACAACAACCAGAAGAUAUCAACUUUCUGAAGACAAAAGCUAGUGAAAUUUGUGACGCUAUGAUGAAAUUAAGGACGCAACUGAAUGACAUAAAAGAGAUACUACUUCAAAUGGAAUGUGACAUGGAUUUAACUGAGAAGAUAGUUGGUUCUCAAAUCUACAAAGGCACCAUUAACAUAAAAUACAAGCAGUACCAAGCGCAGAUAGAGAACUUUAUUGUCAUGUGUUCAAACCACACAGAACAGAAGGGCAUAGGAGCAAAAUGUUCCCCAGGCGAACGCAAAUUAAAUGGGGAAAAGGAGUCACAGGAGUCCACUGGAUCAGAAGACAGUCCUUCUGAUGGAGAAAGUAAGAGGAAGAAACUUACAUCUGAGCAGAAGCAAUCUGAUCUACAGCUUACUAUGGAAAAAAAGGAUGUGAAGUACAGACUGCCACAGAUAACCUUAUCCAACGUGCGCUCGCUUCCAAACAAAAUGCAGGAGCUCAAAGAAUUGUUGAUGAUAAUUCAAAAUGUAGAAUUUCUAUUAUUUAAUACGAGUGAUCUGAUUUUCUUCACAGAGACAUGGUUAAAGGAAAAUUCUCAAGUCUGUCAUUACAACUUGAGUGAAUCUGGGUAUGCCCAUAUAAGGUUAGACCGUAAUGCAGAGGAAACCCAGAAAAGUAGAGGAGGGGGACUGAUAACAUAUAUAAAAAACGACUGGGCAGAAAGCCUUGAGAUGGACAAAUCCAUUAAUACACCAAACUAUGAGUUAAUGAGUUUAUUAAUUAAACCAAAUAAUCACCCUGAGGAUAGUCCAGUAUUGAUCUUCAUCCAUGUGUAUAUCCCAGGGCGUAAUCGUAUAAAAGAUACCAGAGAAAAAAUACAUGACAUUUACCUAGAUUACUUUAACAGUAAUAAUCGUGCUCGUAUUUUCUUAUUGGGUGAUUUCAACAAGUGCAAAGUCACUCUUGACCUGGAGCAAUAUGUCACAUGCCCAACUAGAGGUAAGAACAUCCUUGAUAUGUGCUAUGGGAAUGUGCCAGAGGCUUAUAGAUGUGUAUGCAGUAGACCACUUGGCAAAUCAGACCAUAACGUAAUUCAUUUGCUUCCCAAAGACAAUCCCGAGUCAGAUAUCCAUUUUAACCCAUGUGACCAUAGGUAUGUUAAUACAAGGAUAGCGCAAGAAAGAGCAAGAAUAGAGCAAGAAAGAGCAAGAAUAGAGCAAGAAAGAGCAAGAAUAGAGCAAGAAAGAGCAAGAAUAGAGCAAGAAAGAGCAAGAAUAGAGCAAGAAUAGAGCAGGAAAGAGCAAUAAUAGAGCAAGAAAGAGCAAGAAUAGAGCAAGAAAGGGCAAUAAUAGAGCAAGAAUAGAGCAAGAAAGAGCAGUAAGAGAAACCCUAUUAACAUCUUUAUUUUUUUAAAUCAUAUAUAGACUUUAUUUACAUUUAAGUACACAUUGAGAAAGAACUAGCCUUGUGUACCUUAGCACCAGAGACACCACUGUGUCAUUGACUUGAGAAAAGACUCUUCUCCUUCGCAUCAAAGUAAAAAAAAAACAGCUAGAAGAUAAGUAAAUAGUUACCAGUAAAGUAAUUACUUAUUUAAGUAUUUAAAUAAGAACUAACUCGUUACAGUAUGACGUCAGAAAUAUGUAACUUUCGACAUCCAUGUGUUUGAGUGAAGUGUAUACUCACUGUUAUAAAUUUAACAAGCUAAUAUAUAUGUACACUGAUCCAAAGCACAUCCAAAGCAAAUACAGUAGAACUCAUUUAAAACGAAAGUGCUGCUUUAAGGUUGAUGCUGUGAGCUGCCAUGGUGAUUUGACACCACUUGCUGCACUUGGCACUUGCUGCACUUUCCAAGUGCGGGGGGGUGGGGGGGGGUGUCUUUGUUUUUUGUGUAAAAAAGGUGUAAAGCUACCAUGUUGCUAGUCUACAAUUUAUUCAAACAAAUUGCUUUGCUACAUAUUAUGAUGCUAAUUAAAUAUUUUAUUGAGGUUAAUGAGGUUUACCAUUAUUCCCCAGAAGGAUCUGUAAAAGUAUCGCAGGACCUGGGCAACACGAACCAACCCACAAAAAUUGCAUAAUGUAGACUGGGUGUGGAUGGUACCAAUAAGUAUCGUGUAAUUAUCUUAUUAACUUAGUUGAACAACUUUUAUAUAUUACAUACCAGAGAAAGGGUAAGAAGUGUGUAUUUAGUGCAUAACUUUACAUUUUUUAGUGAUAUUUUACAUUAUAUUAUACUGUAUUUUACUAGAUUACACAUAUUUUACAAUUUAUACUAUAUUAAACAUCUUUCACCCUA